AUGCUGAGUUGUACAAUAGAGUUCAACUUGUAUGCCAACGUUCGACCCUGCAAGUCGAUUGAAGGCUAUAAGACCCCGUAUGACAAUGUCAAUCUGGUUACAAUCCGUGAAAACACCGAGGGAGAGUAUUCGGGAAUCGAACAUGUGAUUGUGGAUGGUGUUGUGCAGAGCAUCAAACUCAUCACCGAACAAGCUAGUAGGCGUGUUGCUAGCUUUGCGUUCAAAUAUGCCCGCGACAAUGGGCGACAUACCGUGACCGCAGUUCACAAAGCCAAUAUCAUGCGCAUGUCUGACGGUCUGUUUUUGCGUGCAUGCCGAACGGAGGCGGCAAAGAAUACAGACAUUCAUUUUCGGGAAAUGUUCCUCGAUACCGUAUGCUUGAACCUCGUUCAAGAUCCUACUCAAUUCGAUGUACUUGUCAUGCCCAAUUUGUAUGGAGAUAUUUUGAGUGACUUGGCCGCCGGAUUAAUCGGCGGAUUGGGAGUUACGCCAAGUGGGAACAUUGGUGAAAGUGGAGCUAUCUUUGAAUCGGUCCACGGAACGGCUCCAGAUAUUGCGGGCUUGGAUAAAGCCAACCCGACAGCUCUCCUGUUCUCAGCUGUGAUGAUGCUCAGAUACAUGAAUUUGACUCGGCAUGCGGAUCUCAUCGAGCGCGCGGUUUUCACUGCGAUUCGCGAGGGCAAAUGCUUGACUGCUGACCUCGGUGGUCACUCAUCUUGUUCACAGUAUACUAAAGAAAUCUGUCGUCUCAUCGAACAUUUAGCUGCGAAUCCCGUUUGA